AUCAGUGUGUUUCGUUGGGAAUUGCGUUUCUUUCUCUGGGAAGGUGCACCGGAGCGUGUGCUGCGGACGAAGUGGGAAUUGUUGUGCCUGUGUUGCUGUGCGAAAAGAGGAAAUGGAACUCAGCAAACGUUGCCUGUGUGUGGCCGUGGUGCAACUGCUGUGUGCGUUGUGCGCGGUCGAAUCGUUUCCGGAUGGAGUCAACUAUUACAAAGAUUGGUUGCGGGGAAAAAACGACGAGGAAAUGGAUGCAAUGAUUGAUGACGAGCCAUUUGAAGCACCCAAGCUGUUUUUCUACAGGACCCCAAGCUCCUUUACCGAGCUCGGAAUGGGCGAACCAUACAACAAACGAACGGUGAACAAGUACAAAAACAUGAUGCUGAACAAGGAUAAUCUCGAUGUUCCGCUGAUCGAUGACGUCGAGCAGACGAAGGAAGCCACGCGGUUCUUCUUUCCUCGCAUCACGCCGAAGCGAUCGCCGGGUGCAAUCCUGAGCUGGGCCAUCCCGGCCGCCAAUCGAGUACGCGUCGUCAGUACAAACUAUCGCCCACCAGGAAUCAACCGACCGGCGGCAUAAGGCGUCCGUGAUGACCACGUGGAAAUCUGCAUAUACUGUACGGUUUUCAUCUUUCCCACAUCCUCCUGGCGUCCAUCCCCAACUGGUUGACGAUGGAAGCACGAUGGUGGUAGCCACUCUACCGUUAUAAGCAUCUGCGCUGGCUUUAUUCCGUUGUCUGAUUAGCUGUUUUUUUACAACUGUAUCAUCAAUAACAUCAAUAUGGAAAAAAUAUAGUUCUCAAGUUCCGCUAAUAAACAUC